AUGGCCUCGUCCCAAUUGCGAGCGGUUCAAGCGCUGACGCGCAACCUGCGCGUCUCGAGCCGAUCAUUCGCCACCUCUGCCCGCCGACUCGAGGCAUCUGCGCCUGUUACUGGCACGAGCGAAACGGCCGCUGUCCUUGAGACCGAUUCAAAAGCCAUCGGCCAAGCCCCCAACCGUGGAGCUGUCUGGUCUCGAAACCAGAAGCCUCGAUCAAUCGCCAUGACCGGUCCUCGAUUCGAACAGACCGACUUUAGCCUUCAGCCCCAACCUUAUUCGGCUAUGGAAUUGGUCCACAAGGUGCCUGUUACAUGGACUCACGACAAGAUUGUAUCAUGCGAUGGCGGCGGCGGUCCUGCUGGCCACCCCAGGAUCUUCAUCAACACCGACAAGCCCGAAAUUGCCUCCUGCAACUACUGCGGCACCCCCUUCGCCAACGAGCACCACCGAAAACACCUUGAAUCCCUACCCGAGACCUCCUACCCCCUAAAAUAG